CUCAAAAUCUGGCAGCACUACUACGGUGCGGUGCUCUAAAAAAAAGAAAACAACUGAAAAGUAACAAAAUUUAGUUACUUAAAAAUUUAAAAUAAAGAAGUAACUGCAUCACGGAAGGAGAGUGGAGUUUGAGCGAGGGAUAUGAAGGAGAACAACAAAAUCCUUCAGCUCAUCUAUGUAUGUGGCGUGGCGAGAACGCUGGUCGGACUCUCAAUGGGGCAUCAACAUAAAGAAGGUGCUGCCCCGAGGCGUCAGUGGAGAUGUGUACAAUUUGGCCGAUUGCCUCAUGCAGCAGGCGCUGAUUGGCUCCACAGCCAAUCCACUGGUACUCAACUACCUGAAGCACUCGUUGUGUGCCCACCUCGUCUCGCAUGCCGUAGUGCUCCGCUGCAUAGCCAGAUAUGAUAAACUGGAGCGUAUCAGUUAACACCCUAAGAGUUCA